UCUAAAACACGUUGCUGGAGACUCAGAACUUAAGAGCUCCUUUUAAUAGUUUAAGGCCAAUUUUGAUGCUUUUCCAAAUAUAUAUAUAUAGAUAUAUGUAAAUCGAAUAGUUUUCAGUUAGUUUCCUUCAAUAUUAAAAGCUUCAAGACAAACUUGAAGGUAACAUCUUUCAAAAGCUUCAAUCUUUUCUCAUUAAAUUAGAUAGUCGAAAAUAAAUUAAUUUUAUGUAUUUACUUAUGCAUAUAUAUAUAUAUAACUUUGUAAUGGAUCGACUGUGACAAUUAUUAUCAUAUAUAUCUAAACGCAUAAUUAAUCGUAUAUAUUCCGAUAAGUGGAUGAAUGGAAGUGUAGUACUAAACAACAUUACAGAGAGAGUUAAGUAGAAGUGCUUUAUGAUAAAGAUGGAAUCAAAGAAAUCACAGCGUCUCAGUUGGUUGGAUUGCUUCUUAGGACCCAAAAACAGCAACUCCAAGUGGCUUCAACAGAAUCUUGAUGAGAUGAACCGGAAUGUUUCAAGGAUGCUGAAAAUGAUUGAAGAUUCAAAUGCAGAGUCAUUUGAUAUAAAGUAUUCUGAGAGUAAAAAAGAAUUAAUGAACCUUGUUGUAAAAUGCUACAAGAUAUACUGUUCAUUGGCUGAGCGCCAUAAUGACGGGGCAACAGAGCUUCUGAACUACAUUCCUAAUUCAGAUCUUAUUCCAUCACAAUCCAAUGUUACUUCAUUCAAAACCUCUGCGCUUCCUUUAUCUAAAUUCCCUAGCUCUAAGCAGCCAAAUCAUCAUGAGUACAAAGGCUCUAAGCAACUAAAACGAGGUGUUUCUGAUAAAGGGAUUAAUCAUCACAUCAAAGGAAAAAUUAGUAAAAUUCCAACUGUCAUGUAUAAGUGUAAGUUGGCGGAGUUCGUACAAGACUCAGAUACACAGAGUGACAAUGAUUAUGAAGGGUCUGAUGAUGAGUUGGAGGCUGAACUACGCGAUAUGAUAGAGAAGCUUUACAAAGAGCUGGAAGGUGUUUCAAAUCUGCAGGGUGAAACUUUGAGGCAUGGGGAAUUUAGUAAUGUGAAAAAAGAAUCGGUAUCAUCAAACUUGGAGAUUCAGCCUGAAACUAGCAGAGGAUUAUAUACAAAUGAACCGUGCGAAUCAUUAGAGGAGGCUCUUAUUCAAGCUAGAGCAGAGAAAAUAGAAGCAGAGACUGAAGUUGAGCGACUAAAGGCAAGCAUUGUCAAGAAGAACAAUUAUGUCCAAGAAUUGAACAAAAUCCUUGAAGCAGUAAAGGCAGAGAGAGAUCAGUUGAAAGUCAGAGUUGCAAUGCUUCAUGAUGACCCUGAGUCAGCAAAGCCUUUGCACCAAAAUGAUUAACCAUGAGUAAUGUGUUGAUUUAAUUUUGUUUUUUCAAAUGAAUGUCGUGAAGGUAGAGAAAUUGUAUCCGAUAAAUGAACAUUAUGAAUCAUAUAUAAGAGGCCGUUGUCUAUUAGAACAGAGAGAAUAGAAGUAGAGCCUUCAUUUCCAUUAUUGGAGUAAAGAUAGAUAUCGUAGUAGAGAGGUUGUUUAAACCUAAGAACCAUUAGUUAAGCUAGAGCCAAUAUAAUAAACGCGAAAUUUUCUUG